CGAGAGAUAACGUGUUUGUACAACUGGCGAACAAAUAGCUAUUGGAACAGCAACCAGUUGGCAUUUCGCUCUGACUGAAGCCAGUGAACGCGCGUGAUAAAAAUAAUAAACUUUGUAACAAUGUUCCCUUUACGUCGCGUCGGAAGUAAGGCUCUUGAACAAUGGAAGGCGCCGAUUGCUAUUGUCUCCCGUGCAAAAUACAGUAGCAAUGCACCACAACCUCUGUCCGUUUUGACAGAAGAUGAAUUGACUAUGAAGGAUACCAUUAGAAAGCUGGCAACAGAGCAAAUAGCGCCCCUCGUAAGGAAGAUGGACGAUGAACACAAAAUUGAUGACGGCAUCCGGCAAAUGUUGUUUGACAACGGUCUAAUGGGUAUAGAAACUCCUACCGAGUACAGUGGAUCUGGCUGUGGCUUCCUCACAAUGAUGCUGGUGGUGGAAGAACUGUCCCGAGUGGACCCAUCAGUCGCUGCAUACGUGGAUAUUCACAACACGCUGGUCAACUCUCUGUUCAUGAAAGUUGGUACCGAAGAGCAGAAACAAAAGUACUUGACAAAGCUGUGCACUGAGUAUGCAGGCAGUUUUUGUUUGAGUGAACCAUCGGCCGGUUCUGAUGCAUUCUCCCUGAAGACGGUGGCCAAGAAAGAUGGAAAGGACUACGUUAUAAAUGGCUCCAAGAUGUGGAUCUCCAACUCUGAUGUCGCUGGAGUUUUUCUAGUCAUGGCUAACGCUGACCCUACGAAGGGUUACAAAGGCAUAACGUGCUUCAUAGUAGAACGAGAGACUCCUGGUCUAACCGUCGCCAAGCCAGAGAACAAACUUGGCAUUCGCGCUUCAGGCACAUGUAUGAUACAUUUUGACAAUGUAAGAGUCCCUGAAGAAAACAUCCUAGGAGAAUAUGGAAAAGGUUACAAAUACGCAGCUGGUUUUCUGAAUGAGGGAAGAAUAGGAAUAGCAGCUCAAAUGAUUGGCUUGUGUCAGGGUUGCAUGGACGCCACCAUACCCUACACGCUAGAGAGAAAGCAAUUCGGCAAAGACAUUUACUCCUUCCAGGGUAUAAGUUAUCAAAUAGCACACCUUCAAACCCAUUUGGAGGCUGCAAGGCUCCUUACGUACAACGCGGCAAGACUUAAAGAAAAUGGACUAGAAUUCGUCAAGGAAGCUGCGAUGGCAAAAUACUUUGCAUCAGAAUUAGCACAAACACUAACAUCAAAAUGCAUAGACUUCAUGGGUGGUGUUGGCUUCACAAAGGACUACCCACAAGAAAAGUUCUUCAGAGAUGCAAAGAUUGGAACAAUUUACGAAGGAACCAGCAAUAUGCAACUUCAAACUAUCGCCAAACUUAUUGCAAAGGAAUACACUCAUUAAAAAACAUUUAUGUUAAUCAACCUUAAUUAAAUAUUUCUAAUAAAUUCAAUAAUGGUC